CCCACGCAGAAAACCUCGAAGCCUUCGUCUGCAGCGCCGAGCCUUCUCCUGCAAGCGGACUUCGUCGGCGUCCUGCGUACCCUUGGCGGGCAGGAUGCAUCGAUGACGUCACGAGCGCUGGCGUGAGGAUGUGGGUCUCGUAUUUAUAAACCGCGGGUUCGAGGCUUUAGCAUGUUAGUGUUUCCUUUGGUGGCGAUGGCUACGUCCUUACCCCGCGACCUCUGCGACUUGAAGACGGAUUUUGACUUGAGGGAUCUCAGCUGUUGCCUACAAUACUACAUGCUUGAACCGGACAUGUACCGGCAGUGCUGGGUGGAUGACUGGCAGAGUGAGCACGUGAAAUCCUGGCUCCUCUCCGUGUGCACCAACUUCGGCAUCAACCCCGAGUUCUCCAACAUCAACGCCUUCAGCACUUACACCGGCUUUCAACUCCGCAACAUGAGCUUGCAAGAUUUCUGCGGGAUCGACCGGCUGAACGGCGAGCUCUUCCACAAGCAGCUGCACCUCUAUGCAAGAUCGGAGCAAGGCAGAGCCGUCCAGUACCCAACCUUAACCACAGAGGACUCCACCUACACAGUCCUUCAGCCCCGCCUCUCGAGUUCUCCUGCAGGCUCUUUCAGCCCUCCCAGUUCCUUCAGUCCAGUCGGAUUCAUCGAUUCCUUCAAUCCUAUCGAUUCCUUCAAUCCUAUCGAUUCCUUCAAUCCUAUCGAUUCCUUCAAUCCUAUCGAUUCCUUCAAUCCUAUCGAUUCCUAUAGUCCCGCCGAUCCCUUAUAUCCUGCUGGCUUCAAUACUUGGCCUCCGGGAAAUACCGCCUCUCACUCGGCCAGCUUCAGCGACCUGGCUUCAGCGAGAUCCAGCUUCUCCGAUUUUUCGAGAGGAGGCGAGGCGUUCGAGGGCAUCCACUCGAAUGACAUAGAGUCCUCCUGUUCCUGCGACGAAAUCGAGAAUUUGUCGCCGAUUCAGGAAACCCCAGAGGAUACAGAUCAAGCAAACAAAUCACCAGAAGAAAGAAGAAGAAGAAGAAAGGAAACCGGGCCAAAAGUGUGGCAAUUUCUCUGGGAAAAGCUGCACGACCCUUCCUGCAACCCUUCCCUGAUCAGGUGGGAAGACCAGCAGGAGUACUGCUUCCGACUCGUCAAGCCACACGAACUAGCGAGGAGGUGGGGCCAGAGGAGACGAGCUGCCAAUUCUCUCUCGUACGACUACUUCGCGCGCGGUGUCAGGUACCAUUACCAAACAGGCUUCUUGGUAUCCGUUCCAGAGAGAAAACUCGUCUACAAAUUUGGAAGCAGAGCGAUCACGGCGUUUGGUCACGCGAAGACGGAAAAUCCUUCAGGUUUCUGAUUUGCAAUGGAUAUGUUGAUCUACGUGUAAAUAGUAAUGAUAAUGUAUUUUAUAAGUUUUUUUUUUUAUGAUUUGUUAUGAUGUUUCGAUUUAUAUCAUGGCGAAUUUCGUUGAAUCAACGGAAUAAAAGAAAAACAAGCGAGA